AUGGCAAACGCGUGUCCGUGCAAAGGCAUCGGAGGGAAGAAACUGUGCUGUCGGCUGCUCCAAGAGGUAAGACGGGCUGUAGUCGCUGUGAAAGAAGCUGGAAGAGACUUUACCUAUUUUAUUGUGGUGCUUGUUGGAAUUGGUGUUACAGGUGGUUUGUUCUAUGUGAUUUUUAAAGAGCUAUUCUCUUCUUCUAGUCCGAGUAAGAUCUAUGGAGAUGCCUUGGAGAAAUGCAGAUCUCACCCUGAGAUAAUUGGUGUUUUUGGUGAAUCCAUUAAAGGUUAUGGGGAGGCAACAAGAAGAGGAAGACGACAACUUGUCAGUCACAUUGAAUACGUAAAGGAUGGACUGAAACAUAUGCGUUUGAAGUUCUAUAUUGAGGGCUCUGAACCAGGGAAGCGGGGAACAGUCCAUGUGGAAGUCAAAGAGAAUCCUGAGAGAGGAAGAUUCGAUGUCCGCUACAUAUUUGUGGAUGUUGACACCUAUCCUAGAAGAACCAUUGUCAUAGAAGACAACAGAUAGCCAGUGAUCAAAGUUGCCGCCUCAUCUCACUGAGUAUUGGAUGAUAGUGGUGUAGCGAGUCUACACAUGAAUUGUUUGGUAUUCUUGAUUGUAUCUUGCAGCUUUGGGGUUGUGUUACAGGACGUAGCCUCUCAGGACCUCCAUUAAGGUCUUUCGUAAUGACAGAUACAGGAUUUGAAGUGAAGCCAAUGAAAAAUAGUAGGGCCAUCACUUACGACAAAUAGUUUUGACAUAGGAAAAUAAUGGCUCAUAAUAAACAGUUUAAUGCUGGAUGAUACUUCUACACACCUCAAAACUGAGUCUUCCAAGAUUUUAGGUUUGGGUGGGGAGCUUUUUGUCUUCCUUUGCUUGGAUUUCCCACUAGCACUGCAAUAAAGAAAGUGGUACUU